AUGCUGUGUACGACAGGCAUCGUCAACGAAAUUUUUGGUGCUGUUCUUGAUCCCGAUAACCCAUCACAACUAUGUGAAUGCGCUAUAUUAGCACCAAAAAACAUUCACGUUCAACACUUGAACGAGCAAGCCUUAGAUCGUCUCCGCGUUCCAAACCCAGAGGAUGAGCGGUGUUACAGAAGCAUAGACGAAGCCAUCUAUAGUGAAGGGCAGAAUGAGCAGCUCUUCUCCAUGGAGUACUUAAAUACACUAACACCAACCGGUAUGCCACCACAUGAGUUGCGUUUGAAAAGGGGCGCCAUAGUUAUGCUAUUACGAAACCUCGAUGUGGCUAAUGGACUCUGCAAUGGGACGAGACUCAUUAUCGAAAGAAUGGGGCGGUAUACUCUAGCGUGCCGAUUUUUCAAUGGAGAACGCAGUGGUCAACUAGCAGUCAUACCUAGGAUUGACAACUAUUGGGAGAAGAGGACGCCUUUCCGUUUGCGACGACGGCAAUUUCCUAUUCGUGUUGCUUUUGCAAUGACCAUCAACAAAGCGCAGGGUCAAUCAUUCAGUAAAGUCGGUAUUUAUCUUCCGGAAGAAGUGUUCUCUCACGGGCAGCUCUACGUGGCCCUAUCUAGAGCUAAAACACCCGAAGGGAUUAAGAUUGAAUCUUCAUCCACCUCUUUGAAAAACAUUGUUUAUACUGAAGUUUUGAUGUAA